AUGGCUAUUAGAUCAGAGGCAUAUAAAUCAUUAGAAGUGGAUGCAUGUGAUAAUUAUGCCACUGAGACUACCCCCUUAGCUCUGAUCAAUUUGUCUUCCAUUUGGGAGAGAUCCAUUUUGAAGAAUGAGAAAUUGUUGCUAUCAACAACAAAGAAUGAUCCUAUUACUAUCUUUCAUGGUUCCAAAACACCUAAUUUGAGUGUCACACAGUACAUGGAGCGCAUUUUCAAGUACAUUCAUUGUAGCCCUUCAUGCUUUGUGAUUGCACAAAUAUACAUGGAUAGGUUUUUUCAGAAAAGGGGUGGGUAUCUCACUUCCUUCAAUGCCCAUCGCCUCUUGAUCACAAGCGUUAUGGUAGCUGCAAAAUUUGCUGAUGAUGAGUACUAUAGCAAUGCCUAUUAUGCCAAAGUGGGAGGAGUCAGCAGAGAAGAGAUGAACAAGAUGGAAAUUGAGUUUUUGUUUAAUUUGGAAUUUAGACUUUUUGUGACAGCAGAGGUGUUUUUGCAAUAUUGUGAGAAGCUUGAUAGGACAAUUGUUGGAGAAUAUAGGAUUCGUUGCUCCAUUAUUCGCCAUGCAAAGUGA